GGCCCCGCGUCCGCCGCGCUGCAGCCCGAGGAGGUGGCGGCGCGGCUGCAGCGGAUGCGCCGGGAGCUGAGCAACCGCCGGAAAAUCCUGGUGAAGAACCUGCCCCAGGACAGCAGCUGCCAGGAAGUUCAUGAUUUAUUACAAGACUAUGAGUUAAAGUAUUGUUAUGUGGACAGAAAUAAACGAACAGCUUUUGUUACCUUACUGAAUGGGGAACAGGCCCAGAAUGCCAUCCAGAUGUUGCAUCAAUAUUCUUUUCGAGGAAAAGACUUAACCGUCCAGCUCCAGCCAACAGAUGCUUUGCUGUGUAUUACCAACUUGCCCCCUUCUUUUACACUAGAGGAGUUUGAAGAACUGGUUCGUGCUUAUGGAAAUAUCGAGAGGUGUUUUCUCGUCUACAGUGAAGUUACCGGCCGCUCCAAAGGCUAUGGAUUUGUGGAGUACAUGAAAAAGGACUCGGCUGCCAAGGCUCGCCUGGAGCUCGUGGGUAAACAGUUGGGAGCAUCAGCUCUCUUUGCACAGUGGAUGGAUGUUAACCUACUGGCUGCAGAGCUCAUUCAUUCUAAGUGCCUUUGUAUAGAUAAACUCCCUAGUGACUACAGGGAUUCAGAGGAGCUGUUGCAAUUUUUUUCCAGUAUCCAUAAACCUGUGUUUUGCCAGCUUGCACAGGAUGAAGGUAGUUCCGUUGGUGGCUUUGCGGUGGUUGAAUAUAACACUGCAGAGCAUGCAGAAGAGGUUCAGCACGCAGCUGAUGGGAUGACCAUCAAGGGGAGCAAAGUCCAGGUUUCCUUCUGCACCCCGGGAGCGCCAGGGCGAAGCACGUUAGCAGCAUUGAUAGCAGCUCAACGUGUGAUGCACAGUAAUCAAAAGGGCUUACUUCCAGAGCCAAAUCCAGUACAAAUUAUGAGAAGUUUGAACAACCCCGCCAUGCUGCAAGUUCUGCUACAACCCCAGCUCUCCGGGCGAGCUCUUAAACCAGCAGUUCUUGGAACACCUCACAGCUUGCCACAUCUGAUGAAUCAUCCAUCCAUCUCUCCUGCAUUUUUACAUUUGAAUAAAGCACAUCAGAAUCUUUCUCAUGUUCCACUGGCACAGCAACAAUUAAUGAAAUUUGAGAAUAUUCAUACAAAUAAUAAACCGGGCUUGCUCGGGGAACCCCCGGCCAUGGUACUACAGACUGCAGUGGGGAUCGGGUCCGCGCUGCCCUUGAAGACAGAGUUGGGCCAUCACGGAGAAGCACAUAAAACAUCCAGUCUGAUGCCAGCUCAAACAACGAUGACAGCUGGAAGGGGCGUGUUACCCUUCUUUGCGAAUCAGCACGUGGCUGCGCCGGGGCGUGGGAAUGCUCAGCGCAAGCAGCCGGCCGCGGGGGCGAUGGCGGAAGGGAACGUCUCAGGGUCGCAGGCUUAUCUUCGGAGCUUGCCAAACCUUCCAGCUGCGGGCGUGCUGACCGGACACCAGAGGCAACAGCAGAGUCAGCCGAAAAGCACGGAGAUAAGUUCAGGGGCUGCCUCUAAGAAUCAGACUUCACUCUUGGGAGACCCACCAAAAGAAAUUCGGCUCAGCAAAAAUCCGUACUUGAACUUGGCAAGUGUGUUACCCAGUGUGUGCUUGUCAUCCCCUGCAAGUAAAACCACUCUACAGAAGACUGGAAUUGCAAGCAACAUUCUGGAUGCAAUCUCUCAGGGAAAUGAAUCACAACACACAUUGGAAAAGUGCAUUGCUUAUUCUCAUCCUUUUGGUGAUUAUGCACAGGUGUCAUCUUUAAGAAAUGAGAAGCGAGGCUCAUCAUAUCUCGUCUCUGCCCCAGAAGGUGGUUCAGUGGAGUUCGUUGACCAGCAUUCUCAGGGCACAGGAGCAUAUUACAUGGAAACCUACUUAAAAAAGAAGCGUGUGUACUGAGUUAAGUUCUCUCCUUAUAACCUCGUAAGGUUCUUUGCAGUAUCUCUGCUGUUCUUCGCUGCCUUAACUACAUUCAAACUAGCCAUAUCCUUUAAAUACGGGUUUAUAAUUUCCCAGAAGGAACUGUGUUGUGCAGCAGGCAGAAUUGCCAAAUAAAAAAUAAGUAGCAAUAAGAAGAAAUAUCAAUUGAGGACAUUUUCCACCAGAAUUAGAUGCAUCUUAAUCAAUGUGAUAUUAACUUACAGUCCAUUGGAGAAAUUAACAAUAUUCCUUGUUUUAGGACUGGGAAUAAUUUUGACACCACACAUAAAAGUUUGAAGCAAUAAACGAGAAACAGUCUUGUUUCCUGAGCCUUAGAAGAAUGAGGUUCUUAUAAGCUAAUGGGCAUUUCAACUUACUUUCCCUAGAAGUAAUCUCAUUUAUAGAUUUUUAGAACUUUUCCUAGAACUAUACAAGUGCAGAUAAAGAUACUCUACAUGCAGACUAAAUGAUUACCCCCACACCAGCCAUGCAAUAUAAACUCAAACAUAGAAUGAUCGUGACGUCCAAGGUGGACACUACUGCAGAUGAUUUACCUUUAAUUUUUUACCAUUUAUACCUUUUGUGAAAAACACAAGGUAUUUUAAGAAAAGUAGCUUUGGUGAUCUAAUGACCAGGGUUGGCAAACUACAUCCUGGGGUCAAAUUCAGCCUUCCACCUGUUUUUAUACUGUCUGCAAGCUAAGCAUGAUGUUUACAUUUUCAAAUAGUUGGAGGAAAAAAGAAAAUUUAUGACUU